AACUUUCAAAUUUGUGUCUGAAUAUGUGGUUCACGAAUGUUUGUGGAACGUUAAAAACAAUGCAUACAAAAACAAACAGGCUAGGCAUUCGGCAUACACUGCCUUAAAAGAAGCUAUGGGUAUUCCUGGCUUCGGCGUUAACGCGGUUAUCACAAAAAUUAAAAACAUAAGAUCAACUUAUUCACAAGAGGUAAAGAAAAUUAAAGAAUCAAUGAAAUCUCGAGCUGGAGCAGAUUCCAUAUACAAGCCGAAUGUAAAAUGGUUCGACAUACUACACGAUGUGUUACGAAGCGUAAAGCUAGAAAAUAGAAAGACGCAGAGUAAUAUGAAUACCAUUGAGGAUAAAGAAAUUAUGGAGGAGAAUCAAGAUGCUCGAAAUUCUGAGCUUGUUAGUAUUGAUGAUAGGCCAGUUUCUGAUCUAACUCGCCCUUCAAGAAAAAGAAAUAUGAGAGGUCUGCAUUCACUUCUAGACAAAGCAAAAGUGGUAAGCGAGCUCAACACAGAAUCAAUGAUCGAAAAAGAAGGCACAAACGAAUUUGAAUUGUUUGGCAAAAGUGUUGGCGUCCAACUAAAUUCCAUGAGUUUAGAAAAUGCGUUGCGGGCGCAAAGCGUGAUACAAACCUAUCUUACUAAUGUGCGAUUGCAGGAAUUAAAAACAGUUUUAGAUUGAUUAGUAAUUUUGUUCGAUGUCUACAUAGGAUUAAAUAUAUGUAAAUAAAUAUUUCAUUGUUUCAAAGUAUUAAAGGUAUGUGAUUUAUUAUUAAAGUUUUAUUAAGUUAUGUGACAAAAUCACCCAGUUUCAAGUAUUAAAGUUAUGUGAUUUAAUAUAA